GUAAAUUUUUCGAUCAAGCACGCCUUUAACAACAAUAUUUUCUUGAUUCACCCAAACAAAUGGCGCGAAUAAAGAGUAUUGCGUCGUUAAAAGACGCGCGGGUCAUUGUUAUAGAUGAAGAUCUAGAAGCAACAUACGCACGAUCACUGAUCGCAGGAUGGUUGUCUACAUGGAACGAACGGAAAACAAGUCGACCCAUCGACUUGUUGAGCUUCUCCUGCCCACAGAGAGCUGUAUUGAAUCUACCGGAUCCAUUUCGGUUAAUCGAUAUGAAAGUGCACGAUCUUUAUUCAAUUCGUCCAGAAAGUACUGAGGUCGAUGAGUGUAAAAAGCUGGAAAAUGUCAUAGAUCUCAUAAGGAAGGAUUCCACCGUAAUCGUAGAUUGUCUCAGUGGUUUAACUCUGAGCUUUGGCCUUAAGCAGGCAUUGCAUUUUCUGAACAAACUACGUUUUGAGGUCCAGCAAUUAAUUUGUAUUUAUCGAAGGGAUUUUUACAAUGUUGGCAUACCUAGAAUCGAUACCUUGGGUGAUUUCUAUAUUCGGCUAGAACAAUCGUCUCAAGUUCAAUCGAGUAAGAAUUAUAUUUACAAAGCAUUGCUCUUAGAGUGGAGGAAAAAUCCCAAAUACCAAACAGAGCUCGUUGAACAAGACCGUCUGACUUAUAGCAUUGAAUCUACACAAGUUAUCGUGAACACAAAUCGCAAAGUCGACGUGGUUAAAUCCGAUAAUGUGGAAAAAAUCCAAGCUUCGUUUAGAAUAGAGAUUGGUCCUCGGGAAAUGGAACAGAGGGAGAAAACUGUUUUACCAUACACGCAAGUCAGAGAUGCGUUACGUGGAGAAUCGAAAAUUUUCUAUCAACCCGACGAGACGGACGACGUGGACGAAGAAGAUCCCGACGAUGAUCUCCUCUUCUAACAAGUGUUUUUUCCAUGUGAAUCUUUCUCUAUAAAAAAUCUUAAAGAAAUAACACGUAUAUGUGAGAAGAAACAAAUUGGAAAAAUUAUUUUUCUAUGGAAUACGACGGAGCAUUUGUGCAGUCACGACGAAGAGCAGGGACCAUGAAUGUAUUUGCACGGGUUGUCAGAAAAAAAAGUUGGAAGGUUUUGAGCUCGGCCUCGCCACUGACCUCGGCCUUAGAGAAACAUCCAGUACAGAUUGAAAUCAAGUUCGAUUCGGCCGCACUUACCUUGUCGGGUCAACGAAGAGAGAUAAACUUUUUUUUCGGCGCGUUGCCAACGUUGCGUCGAUAUUCGGCAAGGCUCGAGGCAAGAAUUUAGGGUUGUAUGUUUCACAAGAGAACAUUUAUAACUUGUUCAAACCGAACGAUUUAUUAUACGCAGGUGUAAUGCGUCGGAGAUCGGUAAGACGCGUGUUUCCACGUGUCGAGAUAUAGGUGCAUGGCGCACGAGAAAAAAAAAAAAAAAAUUGGAUGCAGAAACGAUAAGUCAAGUCAAUCGGGAUUGAAUUACUUUACACCUUGGAUGAAAGACCGAACGUCGAGGGCGAAACUACUGGGUGUAGUUUGGCAACUGCAUAUCAACUCGACGCCUUUACGAUGAAUCAUCCAACCCUGUUUUAAAUUUAAAUGCUUUUCCGCCGUUUUGGGGAUUCAAAGUGCCAACCUUGAUGUCUGAAAAAUACUGUACAACUCGACCGAGCAAACGUCAUAACUCGAAGGAAUGGAUUUAAAUGGAAAGGCAACGAAUCGAGCAAUCGGUGGGAUAUUAAGGAGGGUUGUGCAUCGUUAAUAGCUGGAAUCUCGUCAGACCGUUAAUUCAGAACAUUAGCGACAACAACCCAUCCGUUUAAGCGACGAAAUAGAGCGGAAAAGGUUAUUUACUGGCAAUGGAACGGAGCAAGUCGUUUUCCAACAAUACGAGCACAUGCGAAAGCAACAAAGAACUGAGAAGUUCUCAUCGAGCACUGAGCAGAAAUCACAUUUUAAGGGCCAUCGCAAUCGGAGAUUCUCCCUCGGGUUUUAUCAACCUAUCUUACUCUGAUAUGAGAAUUACCGCGUACAGCUUAUUUUUAUUUUUUCCUGUAAAUAGAGAUUUCAUUGCAUGCCGA